AUGGACUGGAAUGAGCUUGAUUUGCCCCUAACCCUAGAAGAAAUCAAGAGGAAUCUGUUUGAAAUGGCACCGUGUAAAGCUCCCGAGCCUGAUGGAUACUCUGCCAGUUUCUACCAAAAAGCUUGGCGGAUAGUUGGUGAGAGCCUCCUCGUUUGUGUGAAGCUGUUCUUCGAGAUUGGGAUACUGCCGGCUGACUGCAACGACACGCUGCUUUCACUCAUACCAAAGGUUCCCAAUCCGAAUUGUGUUAAACAAUUUCGUCCGAUAAGUCUAUGCAAUGUCUCCAACAAACUGAUAACCAAGAUCAUGUCAUCUAGAUUGAAAAGCAUCUCAAGGAAACUGAUUGACCCUCAUCAAACUAGCUUCGUCCCAGGAAGACAAAUUUCAGACAACAUUCUAAUCUAUCAAGAAGUGCUCAAUUCCAUGAAGAACAAGAAAGGAAAAGGGGGUUGGAUGACAAUGAAGAUCGAUUUGGAAAAAGCCUAUGAUAGACUAUCAUGGGACUUUAUUAAGGACACUGUUGAAGACAUUGACGACUUAGUGUUUUUUGGCGAAGCAACGGAGCAGCAAGCCCUGGAGAUGAAACGGUGUCUUGACACAUUCUGCACAUGCUCGGGUCAGAAACUUAGCUUCCAGAAGUCAACCCUAUUCUUCUCAAAGAAUACUGAGGAUGGUCUCCAACAAAGGAUCGCUGCGGUGGCUGGAAUUCCAAUUGUUUCCAAUAUGGGCAUUUAUCUGGGCAUCCCUUCGAUCCAUGGAAAGAUCAAGAGUGAAACCUUUGCAGGUGUAAUCUCAGCUAUUGAGAAGUUAAUUAUAAGUUUCCUAUGGGGAAGCAAGGAUGGAGAAAGGAGGUGCCAUCUUGUUAAAUGGGACGUUGUUACAAAGAGCAAGGCAUACGGGGGAUUAGACAUCCGUAAACUAGAGCAAAUGAAUCUAGCCUUCUUUGCCAAGCUUGGAUGGAGACUAAUGCAAAAUGAGGAAAGCUUAUGGUCCAGAGUAUUCAAUGCCAAAUACGCGAUCACAGGCGCUGACUGCUCAAACUGGAGGCAGAGAAGAGUCAAAACUCUAUCCUCCACAAAGGAACUAGGAAGUAAGUCAGAAGUGGCAGAGAUACAUCUUUUUGGAACGAUAGAUGGGUCCAUGAUAGUCCACUGA